AUGAGGCUGCAGAUGUUCAAUAGCGAUAAUAUCCUAGAAACACCUGAUGUGGACAAAAUACAAUUCAGUAAUUCCAGGCUGACUCGUGAAUUAUCGAUGUUUCAGAGUGGCGGUCAGAGCGGUGUCCGGAUAGCAACUAUGUUCAUACUGUUAAUUGGAAGCUGGGUCGACAAAGUUGGUCCACGACCGGCCGAUGGCGAGAUUGCACACCUGACGUCGCCACGGGAAAGGUUGGAGACCGUGCGACAGGUUCUUUCUGAGGUGCCUUUGAUCGACGGCCACAAUGACCUACCCUGGAACAUACGAAACUUCGUUCACAAUCAGCUGGCCGAGUUCGACUUCGACAAGGACCUACGGCAAGUCGCGCCGUGGAGCAAGAGCGCGUGGAGCCAGACUGACCUGGUCAGACUUCGUCAAGGGAUGGUCGGCGGUCAGUUUUGGGCUGCUUACGUACCAUGCGAGUCUCAACAUCUCAACGCGGUCCAGCUGACUCUGGAGCAGGUGGACCUCAUUAAGAGACUCAUAGAGAAGUACUCACAACACAUGCAGUUCGCUGCAUCUUCAAAGGAAAUCUUGGAAGCCCACGGAAGGGGCAGAAUAGCAUCCCUAAUCGGAGUGGAGGGUGGACAUAGUCUAGGAAGUAGUUUAGCCGUUUUAAGAACACUGUAUCAAUUGGGUGUACGGUAUCUCACGCUGACGCACACAUGCAACACACCGUGGGCGAAAAGUUCGUCGGUGGAAGAUGACGAUGAACAGG